GAUAAGGGUUCGGCGCAGACGCAGGUGGCCGGGACCGAGCUGCUGGGCGUCUCGCCCAUGCGCAGUGUCUACGGGUCGCGAGUACUCACGCGCAGUGGCUUCGCUUCGGCAGUGGCAUGGAUGACGAGGAAGAGACGUACCGGCUGUGGAAGAUCCGCAAGACGAUCAUGCAGCUGUGUCAUGAUCGCGGCUACCUAGUGACCCAGGAUGAGCUGGACCAGACCCUGGAGGAGUUCAAAGCACAAUUCGGGGACAAGCCCAGCGAAGGACGGCCUCGGCGGACAGAUCUCACAGUGCUAGUUGCCCACAAUGAUGACCCCACAGACCAGAUGUUUGUGUUCUUUCCAGAGGAGCCCAAGGUGGGCAUCAAGACCAUCAAGGUGUACUGCCAGCGGAUGCAGGAGGAAAACAUCACUCGGGCCCUCAUCGUGGUCCAGCAGGGCAUGACUCCCUCAGCCAAGCAGUCUCUGGUGGACAUGGCCCCCAAGUAUGUGCUCGAGCAGUUCCUGCAGCAGGAACUACUGAUCAACAUUACAGAGCAUGAGCUGGUCCCUGAGCAUGUGGUCAUGACCAAGGAAGAAGUGACCGAGCUGCUGGCACGAUAUAAGCUCCGAGAGAGCCAGCUGCCCAGGAUCCAGGCCGGGGACCCUGUGGCACGAUACUUUGGAAUCAAGCGAGGGCAGGUGGUGAAGAUCAUCCGGCCCAGCGAGACUGCUGGUCGCUACAUCACCUACCGCCUGGUCCAGUAGCUGUGUACAAGUCCACUGAUUGCAGUUCAACCUGGCUCACAGAUGCUUUCCUCUUCCCCUGCCCUCCAUGGUCAGAUGGAUAGAAGGACACCACCUCCCUGAAGACCAGCCUCUGGCUGCUGCUCUACACAUCCCAGUCUGGGUUGAGGGAUCCACCGACCUGGCCAGUGCAUAAGGGGACAUGGCCCUAGACAGGGAAGCCAGCAAGGCCUCAAGGAUGACUAAAACCUCUGACCCUUUGGCUUUGAGGAGUGGCCAGCUCCUCCCUGUGCAGCCUCUGGGGGUUGGCCAUAUCCCAAGUCAUCUAUCCCUCCCACUUUGAUGUUGAAACUCCCAUUUAGAUUUCUCCCUGUCAUAAGCUAAUUUUAAGAAUUAAAGAUAUUUUGAAUACAUAGAUUAACUUGAAAA